AUGCCUUCCAAACUCGCCAUCACUUCCAUGUCACUUGGCCGGUGUUAUGCCGGCCACUCCUUCACCACUAAGCUCGAUAUGGCCCGGAAAUAUGGCUAUCAAGGCCUAGAGCUCUUCCACGAGGACUUGGCUGAUGUAGCCUAUCGUCUCUCCGGAGAGACCCCUUCCCCAUGUGGCCCGUCCCCAGCAGCCCAGCUCUCGGCUGCCCGUCAAAUCCUCCGCAUGUGCCAAGUCAGAAACAUUGAAAUCGUCUGCCUCCAGCCCUUCAGCCAGUACGACGGCCUACUCGACCGCGAGGAGCACGAGCGCCGUCUGGAGCAGCUCGAGUUCUGGAUCGAGCUCGCCCACGAGCUUGACACAGACAUUAUCCAAAUCCCCGCCAACUUUCUCCCCGCCGAGGAAGUAACUGAGGACAUUUCGCUCAUCGUCUCGGACCUUCAAGAAGUGGCCGACAUGGGCCUGCAGGCCAACCCACCCAUCCGCUUUGUCUACGAGGCUCUGUGCUGGAGCACUCGUGUCGACACUUGGGAGCGUAGCUGGGAGGUGGUGCAGAGGGUGAACAGGCCCAACUUUGGCGUGUGCCUGGACACUUUCAACAUUGCGGGGCGGGUAUAUGCUGAUCCGACGGUUGCCUCUGGCCGCACCCCCAACGCGGAGGAAGCGAUACGGAAGUCGAUUGCGCGUCUCGUUGAAAGGGUCGAUGUCAGCAAGGUCUUUUAUGUGCAGGUUGUGGACGCUGAGAAGUUGAAGAAGCCGCUGGUGCCGGGUCAUCGGUUUUAUGACCCGGAGCAGCCGGCGAGGAUGAGCUGGUCAAGGAACUGCAGGUUAUUCUACGGGGAGAAGGACAGAGGGGCGUAUUUGCCCGUCAAGGAGAUUGCCUGGGCCUUCUUCAACGGGCUCGGAUUCGAGGGUUGGGUCAGUCUGGAGCUCUUCAACAGAAGAAUGUCGGACACAGGCUUUGGGGUGCCCGAGGAGCUGGCCAGGAGAGGGGCCGUGUCGUGGGCAAAGCUGGUGAGGGACAUGAAGAUCACUGUUGAUUCACCAACACAACAACAAGCCACACAGCAGCCCAUCAGGAUGCUGUCGCUGUCAGCGGCUUUGUAA